AUGCAGGCGAGUAGCACGAUGUCGUCGUCGAGCGUCAAGACCAGCAGCUACCAGCAGGUGACGUCGUCGUCCUCGUACGAGGAAUCGUCGUCCUUGUCGACGGUGGCGGCGGGCAGCGGUGCGCUGGUGCAGGAGAACGCGGUGGUGCGCAUGGCGCUCGUCGCUGCACCAGCCACCGAAGGCCGCCCGGCCUUUGCGCAGACCAUCUCCGGCCUCAGCCUCGAACCCGGCCAGAACGCGGUGUUCGAGUGCAAGGUGCGCUCGGAGUCCGCGGCGAGCGUGACGUGGCUGCGCGACAACCGCCCCCUCGACGACAAGCUGGCGGACCGCGUCAUCCAGACGUCCCGCGACGACAACACCACCUUCCGCCUGGAGCUGCAGCACACGCGCGAGUCCGACUCGGGGCUGUACACGGCGCGCGCCACCAACACGCAGGGCUCGUCCACGUGCUCGGCGCAGCUGGUGGUGCAGGAGCUGACGGACGAGGAGCGGCGGCGGCGCGCCGAGGCCAACGCGCCGGUCUUCCUCGUCAUGCUCAAGGACACCGAGCUGCUGGAGAACACGUUCCUGCGCUUCAUGGUGAAGGUGCGCGGCACGCCCGCACCCGUCGUCAAGUUCUUCAAGGACGGGCGGCGCGUCGAGGACUCGGAACGCAUGCGCGUCAUCAGCGAGCGCGCCGACGUCGGCUUCUACGAGCUGGUCAUCGCCGACGUGCGCAAGGAGGACGCGGGCAAAUACUCGUGCCAGGCUAUGAACAAGUACGGCGACGUCACCUCGGAAGCGGUCGUCACCGUCACCGAAUUGGCUUUAAUUCUGCGUUGUUUCGGGGUGACAAAGCUGACACCAUAUGAUGAGGAGGACUCGCUGGCGCUCGUGUUCCAACACGUGACGCCUGAGGACGCCGGUCUGUACACGUGCGUGGCCUCCACGUCCACCGGCAAGAUCGCUUGCAGCGCAGAGCUCACCGUGCAAGGCUCCGUGAAUCAGCUGAUGAAAGAGCCCGAGGUGCCAAAAAUCGUCACCGACACGAAGUCCACAGAAGUCAGCUUGGGUGGGUCGGCCAUGAUGGAGCUCAAAGUAGGCGGCUUCCCUCGCCCAGACAUUAAGUUCAAGGACGGCAAGGAGGUCCAGACCGGAGGCCGCAUUCGCCUGUUGUACGAAGACGAGGAAACCAUCUCCCUCAUCAUCAAGGGAGUGACUGUGGCGGACGCGGGCAAAUACAAGAUCACCGCCAAGAACGAUCUGGGCGAGGACUCCAUGGAGGUGGAACUCUUCGUCAAAGCUCCACCAAAAAUCAAGACAGAAGUAGAGGAUAAAGCAUGUAUGACCAAUGAAACUUACAAGCUUACAAUUGAAGUUGAAGGCAUGCCAGUUCCUGAUGUCACCAAAGAAUCUUCAGAAUCAUACUCUUUGACCAUUACGAAGACAACUCUUGAAGAUACUGGCUCAUACUCUGUUGUAGCUUCAAAUGAAAUCAGUCAGACAUCAAAAUUCUGGAAGUUUACGGUAAAUGCUGGACCAGAGUUUGUGAAGAGCUUAGAGAAAAUGGUAGAAUGCAGAGAAGCAGAUACAGUUAUUUUGGAAACAAAAGUCACUGGAACUCCACAACCGGAAGUCAAAUGGGUGAAAGAUGGAGAAGAAAUUAAGUCUGAUGGCAAGCGAAUCACCAUAGCUCAGGAUGGACACAUUUACACUCUCACAAUCAAAGGAACAACCCGCAAGGACACUGGAGACUACACCUGUGAAGCUUGGAAUGAUUUUGGUUGGAAAAAGUGUGAGACAAGACUCAACAUUCGCUGUGCUCCAGAGUUUAGAACCAAACUCAGCGACAAACAAGCAAAUGAAGGAGAUGUCAACAUUGAGUUUGAAGUCAAUGUGGAAGCCUACCCCAAACCCAGCAUCAAAUGGUUCCUCAACGAAGUUGAGAUCACAGAGAAGAAAACAGAAUACACUCGUAUUGAAGAAGGUGACAAUUAUAAACUGAUCAUAAAAGAAGUCACCACUGAAACAUCUGGCAAAUACACCUGCAAGUUGGUGAAUGACAUGGGCUCCAAUGAAAGUUCUUCUCAGUUCACAGUAAAUUGUAAGCCUCGCUUCCCAAAAUCCCUCAAGAACGAGGAAGUGGAUGAAGGAGCAAGUCUUACUCUGACUAUUGAGGUUUAUGGUGUCCCAGAACCCAAAGUCAAAUGGCUUAAGAAUGGCCAAGAAGUUAGUGCAGAUGCUCAUAUUAAGAUCUCCCGAGAUUCCAACCGACAAGAGAGUUAUAACCUCAGCUUCACUCUGAUCAAAGGAUCUGAUGCUGGAGAAUAUGAAGCAAGAGCUGAAAACUCUAUGGGAACUGCUUCAACAAAGAGUACAGUGAAGGUCAACACCAUCACAAAAGUCACAGAGACCACAACUGAAGAGGAAGUUGAAGAAGAGAUUGUUAAGAAAGUAGAGGAGGAGAUAGAAGCAGAGCCAAAGAAGAAGAAAGAGAAGCCAAAGGAAGAAGAAGCUGAAGUUAUCAUACAGGACACUGAGGCUCAGAAAGUCUCAAGUUCAGAAGUGGAGCCUGAGGGCUCCCAACACGCAGGCAACCUGAUGUCUGUCGAGACACAAAGCAUUACUUAUUCUCGUGGGGAAGGGGACACUGUGACGAUUUCCAUGGCCUCCUCCAUGCACCACCAGUCGGCAACUGUUUCAGAUGGGCUGGAAGGAUCAAUGACUGUCCACUCGCUCACUGAAACCACCUCUACCACGGUGUUUUGUGAGGAAGUGAGUGGUCCAGAAAGCCAAACUGGAAGGAUAGUGGAACAGCACAUUAGCAGUUCAGAACACAUAGAAACAGAAACACUGAGCUCAACUGAAAAUGACAUUUCCAAACAGCCGCAAGCAGGCAAACUGUUAGAAAAAGAAUCUUUGAGUAUCAAAGGUCCUGGUCAAGCUCAGGUGACUGAUGGGAAGAGGACAACAUCAGGCGUCAUGUUAGAAGAAAUAACAUCUGACCAGCUGUCAUCUCCAGAAAUACAUGAUAUUUCCCACAAACCAAAUAUAGGUGUAGUGGAGGAACCAGAUAGUGAUACAAAUCUUGAAGAACAGAACAUUAGGAAAAUCCACAUAUCUGUGGAACGGGGAGUUUCCAUUGUGUCAGUUGAAGACGAUACUUGCAGUCAGGCAAGCAUCUCAAUUGGUUUUACCCAUGAAGAAAUAGAAGAAGGAGUAAUUGGUUCAAAUAAAAAACCUGGUGUGGAAGAGGGAAAGAGAUCUCAAAAAGCAGCUGUUUUGACUCCAGAGACUGCUACAGAGAGGAAAAUUCCACCAAGAAGACAAUCAAUUCAAGAGGACCUUCCACAACCACAAAAGGCAAAGCGUCUCAGUCUUGGAAACGCAGAAAACAUUGACAAAAGCAAGCAACAGAAACUGUCUGAAAGAGCAAUAAAGAAGCCAAUGAAGGGGAAACAAGUAGAGACUGCAGAAGUUAACAAUGAACAAAAAUUGGAAGAAGAACCUACCAAACCUGCAAUCUCCGAGGAAAAUAUUGAUCCAAAGAAAGGUUUGCUGUUACAAACUGGAGAAACAGAUUUAAAAGAAGCCUCAAAGCUAAGUAAAGCUGCAGAAGAAGAUGAAGAUCCAGAAGUAUCUGCUCUUUUGAAACGUAUCCAGAAACAGCGAAGUGUUCUUGAGGAGAUCCUGGACAAAGAAGGGGAGAGGAAAACAGAAGCUAUUCCUGAAAUCACUGGUUCCAACAUGCAAGAUGUCACUACUCAUGAAUCCCUGGGAACUGUGUUUGAAGUGAAGGCAACAGGUAUUCCACGACCAGAGGCAAAAUGGUUUAAGGAUGAUCAAGAAAUAAAGCCCUCGGCUAAGGCAAAGAUCUCAGAUAGUGGUGAAACAUACAAACUGGAACUCGUUGAUUUGGAUGGUCCUGAUGCUGGAGUCUACAAGGUGAAAAUAUCUAAUCGCUUGGGAGAGAAGUCACAACAGGCCAAGUUAUCUUUGAAAUCUGUGAAUGACUUCCGAAAACCAAAAGUGAAGGAACCAUUGAAAGAUACUAAAUCUCCCAAGAACGAAGAAGUUGUCCUGACAUGUGUCAUUGUGGGUGAUCCAGUUCCUACUGUGAAAUGGACGUAUGUACCCCAGUUUGAGAAAGAAGCUGUGGAUGUGAAAGAGGAUGACAAUCAUGUGUUUAACGUCCAAACAAAAGACAUUGAAGAGGGCCUCAAGGAAUGCACGUUCACUCUGACUUUCCCCAAGGGAGCUCAUUCUGAUUCUGGUCAGUACAAAAUUGCAGCCAAGAACAAAUUUGGAGAGGAUGAAUCCAGUGCUCGCUUGGAUAUUCUUUUGGUACCUGAAAUUCUGUUGGAUGCUCUAAGUGACAUCACUAAAAUUCCUUACGAAGAUCAUGAAUUUGUUGUCACUAUCAAUUCCAAUCCAAAGCCUCAAGUAGUCUGGACACGAAAUGGAGAGAAACUUACCAACUCUGAAAAGAUCAAGCUCACCGAAAUUGCUGAGAAAGAACUGUACAGACUUUCUAUCACCAACAUAGGUCUGGCAGAAGAUGGAGUCUAUGCUGUCACAGCUACCAACAGUCAAGGCGAAAGCAGUCAGCAGGCCAAACUCACAGUGCACACUGAAGUGCCUUCAUUUGUCAAGAAUCUGGAAGAUCAAUCUGUGAAGGACUAUGAUGAUGCAGAAUUUAGGGUGCGAGUAAAUGGCGUUCCUAAGCCCAAAGUGACUUGGUUCAAAGAUGGGAAAGAGCUUAAAACUGGAGGCCGCAUCACCAUUGAGACUGAUUCUGAAGUCUUGGUUUCAAGCUCAUUGAGCAUUAAACACUUUGAAGAAUCAGAUAUUGGAACAUAUUCAGUAAGGGCUGUAGAGUUGGUAGGGGAAGCCACCACUAGUGCCAAAUUGGAAAUGACACAGCUACCUCCAACAUUUGGAAGACCUCUUGACCGGGCAGCAGAAGUAGAUGAGAAUGAUACAUUGGAUCUCAAAUGCAAAGUUGAUGGUAGUCCCAUUCCCAAGGAUGGUGAACCAUUGGAGCCCAGCGACCAUGUCAAAAUUUCUGUAUCUCCUGAUGGCUCAGUGCGCUUGGUCAUCGACAACGUAGUACCAACAGACUGUGGAGCAUACAAACUUGUUGCAACAAAUAAAAAUGGAGAAACCAAUGCUAUUUGUGCAGUUGCAGUGAAACAUGGCCAUGCCAUUCGCCCAUCACCAGCUGUCAACUUCAUCAAUGAGCCUGGUGGUCUGAUUGGACUGCACAUAGACUCUGCUCGCCCCGAGGAUGCAGGGCACUACAAACUCACCAUUAGCAAUAAGUUGGGUGAGAUCUCUGGGGAAGCAGACAUCGUGGUGGAGGAGCGUGAGAAGAAGCCCACGUUCCAGAGCCAGCUGAUCCCCAUGGCUGUGGUCGAAGGCUACCCUGCCAAGCUGGAGGUCAAAGUCACUGGUCACCCUCCUGCAACUCUCAAAUGGACUCUCAAUGGAAAAGAAAUUGUUCCUGAUGGACAGCACAUCAAAAUUGAUUCGGAGAAAUAUCACAUUCGCACUGAUGGGGAUGCUGUUUGUUUGUACGUCAAAGACUGCCAGCCCUCUGAUGCUGGAAGGUACAAAUGUAAAGCAAGCAACCAGGAUGGAGAAGAUUCUUGUGAAGCCAGUCUGGAGGUAGUUGAUACAAUUGGUCGAUCUCAGAGAGUGGAGCCUCCUUCAUUCCUGAAGAGUAUCGGAGACUGUGAGGUGUACAAGGGCAUGACAGGCAAAUUCACAGCCUGUGCCUCAGGCAUCCCAGAACCUGAGUUUGAGUGGUUCCGUAAUGAUGAGAAGCUUUUCCCCAGCGACCGUGUGCGCAUGGAACGAGAGGGUUCUGGACUGCUGCGUCUCACUAUCGCAAAUGUGAAUCCAGCUGACAUUGGGCGAUACAAGUUACGCAUCUUCAAUCCGCAUGGAGAAGCUAGCUGUGAAGCAGAUCUGAACUAUGAUUCUCUGGAUGACCGCCCAAAGAAGUCUCUAGGCUAUCAAUACACAGACUUCGACAAGUAUCGCAGCUCCGGUGCACCGCUUCCCUUGGCUGAUCGCCCUAUCAUUAGCCGAAUGAGUGACAGGCAGUUGACACUUUCCUGGAAGCCAUACAUCCCUAUUGGGCCCCAACCACCAGUCACAUAUCGUGUGGAGAUGAGCGAAAUGCCUGAUGGCGAGUGGUUCACUAUGAGAACUGGUGUUCGCAGCUGUGCUUGUGAAAUCCACAACUUGAAGCCUUUCUUUGAUUACAAAUUCCGUAUUCGAGUAGAAAACAGAUAUGGCAUCAGUGACCCAUCUCCCUAUGUGCAGACUUACAGAGAGCGCCUUGAACCGGAACCCCCGAAGUUCUUCCCUUACCUGGCGCCUGGCAUUGACUUCCGGCCGGAAACUUCUCCUUACUUCCCCAAGGAUUUCGACAUCGAGAAGCCGCCCCACGAUGGAUACGCCCAAGCACCCAGAUUUUUGCGACAGGAGCAUGAUGCUCAGUACGGAAUUAAGAACCACAACUGCAACCUGUUUUGGUUUGUGUAUGGCUAUCCUAAACCAAAAAUGCAAUACUUCUUCAAUGACGAACCUAUCGAAAUGGGAGGUCGCUACGACUGUAGUUACACUCGUAACGGACAAGCCACCCUCUUUAUCAACAGAAUGCUUGAUAGAGAUGUAGGCAUGUAUGAAGCUGUUGCCACCAAUGAGCAUGGAGAAGCUCGCCAGAGGGUAAGGUUGGAAAUUGCAGAGUACCCUGUGUUCAUCAUGCGUCCAGAAGAGACCAUUUUAAUGCUGCGGCGCUCAGCUCGAAUUGAAGCUAAAGUCAUUGGAGUACCUUAUCCAGAGAUAAAAUGGUACAAAGAUUGGCAACCACUUGCUCCAUCUAGCAGAAUAAAGAUUCAGUUCAUCGAACCUAAUACUUGUGUGCUGGUUAUUAAUGAUGCUAUCAACAAAGAUGAAGGCCUUUAUUCAAUCAGUGCUCGCAACAUUGCUGGAAGUGUCUCAUGUUCUGUGAUGGUACAUGUUGAAGAGAGUGAGCAAGAGUAUGGCUACUUGACGUACAGCAAAGGCAGAGACAUUAGGCCCAAGAAGAAGCCCAUUUCUGACCUCUACGACAUUGGAGAUGAGUUGGGCCGUGGCACACAAGGAGUUACUCAUCACGCUGUGGAGAGACUCACUGGUCGCAAUUAUGCUGCUAAGAUCAUGCACGGAAAGCAUGAACUAAGACAGUUUAUGAACAAUGAGCUGGAGAUCCUCAAUGUUUUGAACCACCCCAAGAUCAUUCGCCUGCAAGAUGCUCUGGAGACUGAUCGCUCCAUGACACUCAUUACAGAACUUGCUGGAGGUGGUGAACUUCUUGAUAACCUCACCAAGCAGCCCCACUACACAGAAGGAGAAAUCGCUGGCUACAUCCGACAGCUGCUUUGGGGCCUGGAGCACAUGCACAUACAGAACAUUGCUCACUUGGGCCUCACAGUUGGCGAUCUUCUCAUUUCCCAUCCAGGUGGAGAUGAGCUGAAAAUCUGUGAUUUCGGGCUCAGCCGAAGACUCGCAUUUGGAAAAUUGGCCUCUUUGGACUAUGGCCAUCCGGAGUUCGCGUCGCCCGAGACGGUGAACGGGGACGGCGUGGGCACGCCGGCCGACAUGUGGGCGGUGGGCAUCAUCGCGUACGUGCUGCUGUCGGGCCACUCGCCCUUCCUGGGCCCCAACGACCGCGAGACGCUGACGCGCGUCAAGCAGGGCACCUGGGAGUUCCAUGCCCAGCGCUUCCAGGGCAUCUCGGACGAGGCGCGCGACUUCAUCCGCAGCCUGCUGGUGUACCAGCCCGAGGGCCGCAUGGACGUGCACGCGGCCCUCAAGCACCCGUGGCUCACGGCCGCCGACCGCCUGCCGGCCGACGCGCCCCAGCUGCCGGCCGAUCGCCUGCGCACCUACCUGGACGGCUUCAGGGACUGGUACCAGAACGCGUCGUGCCGCACGUGGUACCGUCGGCGUCCGCUGAGCGGCGCCUUCGAGCACCCGUCACGCAUGGUGUACCCGCCGGGCCAUGUGUACACGCCAGAGCCCACGCCGCCCCCGCAGCCCAAGGAGCCGCGCCCGCCGCGCACCUGGGAGGACCAGGUGCCGUCGCGCGAGCCCAUCGACUACGAGAUCGGCGUCGCCAAGUCCGAGAGCCACUACCAGAGCGGGCCCGACACGUACCUCCUGCAGCUGCGUGACGUGGACUUCCCGGUGCGGCUGCGCGAGUACAUGAAGGGCAUCGAGAAGGCCACCGACAAGGUGAUCGUGGCCAAGCUGCUGGAGAGCCGCGGCGAGGCCGAGGCGGCGGCGAACCGCGAGUUCGAGGCCCUGCGCUCGCUGCGCCACGAGCGCAUCGCCAGCCUCGAGGCCGCCUUCAAGCCGCCCGGCGCCACCGUCGCCGUGCUGGUGCAGGAGAAGCUGCAGGGCGCCGACGUGCUCACCUACCUCUCCAGCAGGCACGAGUACACCGAGCAGAACGUCGCCUCCGUCAUCGCCCAGACGGACAUCUGGAGCGUGGGCGUGCUGGCGUACGUGCUGCUGUCGGCCGUGUCGCCGUUCGCCGGCGCCGACGCCGAGGAGACGCGCCAGAACAUCACCUUCGUGCGCUACCGCUUCGAGCACCUCUUCAAGGAGGUGACGCAGGAGGCCACGCGCUUCCUCAUGCUCAUCUUCAAGCGCGCGCCCAGCCUACCACUCGAAGAAGGCGCAGGAGGCCACAAAGGAGGAGUCCCUGACUGCGGCGUUCAGCAGCGGAGGCGUCAAGACCCUGGCUCGCUCCAGCAGCGUUCAGGAGGAGCUGCUCACCACGAUCUAAACCGGUUUAAGUUAGAUUCUGGCUGCUGGCGGGGACGUUUCUCAAGAAGGUUCACAAGACUCCAAACAAAAGUGCCCGUUCUUGUGGUCCAUGGGAGGAAAUUGGCUUUAUUUCAUAUCGAACUGAGGGAUGCAAAUACGGAGUGCAUUCUUUCUUUCAGUUGUUUUCUUUUUAUGAUGUGUAUGUAUAUAAAUAUAAAGAUAUGUAAGCACAUUCAUAAACAAACAGAGUACAUGAAUUUAGGUUACAGAUUUGAAUGCGAAUGGGAUUCUGAAUUAUUAAAUGUAUUGAAUUAUCCAAAUCAGAUUUAUCAGUAUAUUGGUUUUCUCCUUUGCAAUUACAUUCUGCAAAAUCUCCCAAAAUUAGACUUGCAGCCCUUAUUUGCUAUCCCUGUUUUUGUAAUGAUAAUUUUGGCACCAGCUGCUGAGGAAGGUUACUUUUUAUUUUUUGGUUUUUGCCUUGACAGCCGUAGCAAUAUUUUAUAUUCUUCAAAUACAUUUUUCUGA